AUGGCGACCCAAACAGUGUUAUUCUUGACCAACAAAGAGCUGGGACAGGCUACGGCCGUUCUAACGGUUGCCCAUGAAUUCCUCAUCCGACAAUCAUACACAGUCCAUAUCGCCUCAUUUCCGCAACUAGAAAAUGCCGUAUCCCAGCUGAAUUCCCAAGCCGUUGCUCUAACACAGUCCACAUCCAUUCCAGCAGCAAUCUUCCAUUCUCUCCCAGGCCGGUGCAUGGUCGAUGCUGCAACGGCAACAAUGCCACUCAGUGACUCUUUUGCGGCUCACCAAAUCGGGUUCUUUGGCGCUCUUGAUUCGUAUCCGAAACUGUUUGAGUUUAUGGCACCCUGGACUGGUGAUGAAUACAUCGCAGUCUAUCAGAGAUGUGUUGAGAUCAUCAAGAAAGUAAAUCCAUCGAUUGUCGUUGUGGAACCGCUUCUCGCCCAGGCCAUAGAUGCGUGUCGCCAACUGGGCUGCAAGUACGCAGUCUUGAGUCCAAAUACCGCCAAAGACCACGUUAUACAGCCUAUGCUAGGCAAUCUUUGGAAAUACCCAAUUCUCAGUUCUGGAUACCCAUUCCCUGUCCCCUGGAAAUACAUCUUACCGAACGCCCUCCUCGCUAUCAAUGCGGCAAUUAAAAUGGCGAGGUCACCCGCUAUCAAGGCAAUCAAUGACCGCCGCCAUGCCGAAGGCAUUGAGGGACCGUACCCAAUCAUGGCAACCAGUGAAGGAAACCCCGUUCAACUGCUGUUGGCUUCCCACGCGGAAAUCGAUUUCCCGUGCGUCGUUCCAGGUCAUAUUACUCGUUGCGGCCCAAUCCUGCGUCCCCAUCGCCCUCUUAGUGACGAGAAUCCGGGACUAGCUAAAUGGUUGGCGCAGAGACCCACGGUGUUGGUGAAUCUUGGAUCCAAUGUGUGCUUCAAUAGCGAGCAAGCGAGGAAUUUCGCGCAUGGAGUACGCACUCUGCUGGAUGCAAGGCCGGACGUUCAGGUGCUUUGGAAGCUGAAAGUUGACCGUGAUAAUGACGCUGCAGAUUGGGUACCCAUGUCUCUGAAGAGUAUAUUCGCUGAAGUGACCUCUGGGCGCGUUCGUAUAGAGGAAUGGCUGCCUGUCGAGCCGAUUUCUAUUCUCCAAAGCGGGAAUGUAUGUUGUAUGGUUCACCAUGGAGGGGCAAACUCAUACAACGAAGCUAUUCGGGCCGGUGUACCACAGAUCGUGAUCCCUGUUUGGUACGACACAUAUGAAUACGCAGCGCGCGUUGAGUACUUCGGUGUGGGGGUUUGGGGGACCAAACAGACCGCACCUGCAAUCAAUGGACUCGAACUAGGUGAUGCAUUCCUCCGUAUCUUACAUGGUGAGGAGGCAUCCACGAUACAAGAGAAGGCGAAAACUAUUGCGUCAAAGCUCGGGCCUGUGGAAGGACGAAUGGCCUCGGAAACAGUAGCCUGGAUUGGCCUUGGGAACAUCGGCCGAGGAAUGAGCCGAAACAUCGCUCUGAAGGGGCCCCAGCAAUCACCUCUGAUCCUAUACAACAGGACAACCUCGAAAGCAGAGGCCUUCGCAGCGUCUCUCACCUCUGAGAAGCCACAAUCCGCCAUCGCUGCGUCAUCGCUCCCCGCAGCCAUCAAGGACGCCUCCAUCACAUUCAUCUGCGUUGGUGACGAUGCAGCUCUCGACCAGAUUAUCAGCACCAUUAUAUCAGAUGCCAGUCUCAGUAUCAAAGACAAAAUCAUUGUCGACUGCUCCACCGUUCACCCAGACACAUCUAGACGCACACACACCACCCUCGCUUCCCACGGCUCAACCUUCAUCGCCUGCCCGGUUUUCGGUGCGCCCAAUGCCGCCGACGCCGGCCAAAUGGUCGUUGUACCUGCUGGCUCUCCAGAAGCCAUAAACCGCAUCCAGCCGUUCCUUGUAGGCGUAACCUCAAAGGCCGUAUUAGAUCUCGGCCCCGAGAGCGUCGACGACGUAGGCCGGGCCUCUCUAAUGAAAGUCCUCGGCAACACAUUCAUCCUCAACACAGUCGAAACACUCGCCGAGGGCAUGGUAGUGGCUGAGAAAUCGGGACUGGGCACCGAUGCUUACAAGCAGUGGGUGUCUACGAUGUUCCCUGGCCCGUUUGCGAAGUAUGCAGAGCGCAUGACCAGCGGGGACUACUUUAAGCGUGAGGAGCCGCUUUUUGCGGUUGAUCUGGCGAGGAAGGAUCUAAGGCAUGCGGCGAAUCUGGCGGGGGCUUCGGGGAUGACGUUGCCCAGUGUGAAGGUGACGGAUGAUUAUUUGAAGGUCGUGAAGGAGGAGAGCGGCGAGAAGGGGGACAUUGCGGGUGUGUAUGGGGCGAUUAGGAAGGGGGCUGGGCUGCGGUUUGCUAAUCAGUGA